CUAAUAUUUUUUUCUGCAGCUGUACAUGUCAAAGAAUCCUUGAGUAAUGCAAUUAGCAUCUCAUUUUGUAAUCUCAAGUUUUUAUUGUUUUGUGUUUACAAUGCUUAUGAUUUUUGUUUUAUUGUAUUUUUCCAUAUUUGAUUACAAAGUAUACGCAUUUAGAACUGAAACCCCAGCAUGUCAUGUUCCGUCACAGAGGAUAAAUCAGAAUAAAUCAAAUAAAACACACAGUAAAACAAGCUCGACAAUAUAAAAAAAGGUAGAAAAACACAACACUUCAUAUCACAAUUUUCCAAUCCUAAAUAGGGGCUGCACAGCAAUCAGAGAACCAAGAUAAUAACUAAACAUAUACCUUUGAAACACAACAGAUAUUGGCAACAACACAAAAACAAGAAAUAAAUCAAACAAAUUUAAAAAGUGGGAAAUAACAAAAAAGUACCACAACAAAACGACACAAACUAUCACAUUCAGAUCUUACCUUAUUUACUAUACCUUAAAUAGCUCAUGAUUAUGAAGCAUCAUUUGUGAAGGUUAGGUCUGUUAAUAUUGGAUUUGUUUUAUACUCAGUGCUUUUACUAUCACAAAAUGCACACAUCUAUGUACAUUUAUCUAUAUAUACGUCUAUUCAGCUCUAUACUGACAUCAAGUUUGUCUUGCUCUAAAACUCAAUGCUCCAUGGUGCAACAUCUCUUUGCAACAGAGAUUCUCUACCACAAGAGGUCACUAAAAGAGUACACUUGAACCACAAAUCCAUCUGUCCACUCUGUUAUUUUUCAGUGGAUAAUCAAUAGGAAUGGUCAACAAUGUGAUGCCAACAAGAAACGUGUUUUAUUUAAAUACAAGACAGAAAAAUUAAAGGAAGGCCUAAAUAUAUGGCCUAAUCUGUCUUUAAAAGAUCACAUGCACACCUUAAUCCUUUGGAAAAAUGGAAAAGUGUGUUUGUAACUAUUAUGGUUUAUGCUCAAAUUUCUUACUAGCACAAACUCAGAAAAAAGUGUUAAAAAAAAAGCAGAAGAAAGAAUUUAAAAGUCAGCAGAAAAUGGUAAUCCUGCAAAACCAAAAAACUGCUUAAUUCGCUUACUGGUGCUCAGAUAUUUUUAGAAUUAUAAAAGUCAACUAAAUCAUCACUGUUUAAAUUAACAUUUUUCUACAGCACAGAAGAGUAAAAUAUUAUAAAAUGUCACCUAGAUUCACUCAUCAGUUAUUACAUUCCAUCACAUACUCCACUGUUUCAGUUUAAUUGUGAAUCUGUGAAGUAAAAUAAAUGUUUAGACUUUUGAAUUUUAAAUCAGUUUAACAAGCGCUGUGUUUUAAUCUAUGUGUUUAAUUAUUGGUGUUUGAAUGUCUCACAUUUUUACUCAUGACAUUUUCAUAGCGGUGUGACAGACUGUCACUCUUUGGUUUUUGAAUGUGUGAUUCUAAGUGUGGGCUCUUGAUAACAAUCUUUACACUGUCACACUUAAGGACAAACAGGAAACGACAUCUGCUCUUCUGUUCCUGAACCACUCAAAAUUAAAGGUCUACUGAGUAUUAGGCACUUAGUUCUAAAGUCUGUAGCACCUGAGGACAUCUCAGCAGAUCUACACAUCCACUCACAGGAUUAAGGAGCUCUGGAGUACAGCUGCAUUUUACCUGACAGGAAAAGACACCUCAGGAUCUCACCAUGUCAGAAAAUGUCACCUCGAGCCCAACGGACGAUUAUUCCUACUACUAUGACAACGACCUCCCGACUCCUUGUAACUACAGCUCUCUGAGUAACUUCACAAAGGUGUUUUUGCCCAUCCUCUACAGUCUGGUCUUCAUCGUCGGCUUCAUUGGUAAUGGCCUCGUGUUGUGCGUCCUGAUAAAGCACCGCAACCAGACCAACUUGACAGACAUCUGCCUUUUCAACCUGGCUCUUUCUGACCUCCUCUUCAUCCUCACCUUGCCUUUAUACUCCCACUACAGUGCUGUGGGUCAGUGGGUCUUCGGGGACUUUAUGUGCCAUCUCAGUGGUGGGAUGCACGACACCGGAUUCUACAGCAGCAUCUUCUUCAUGGUUGCCAUGACGCUGGACCGCUACAUGAUCAUCAUGUAUGCUCAUAAAGUGGCAAAAUACCGCACCCUGAAGAUGGGCAUCACUCUGUCUGGAGUUGUUUGGAUGCUGAGCUUGUGUGCUUCCCUACCUAGUUUUAUCUUCACCAAGGAGACAGUCAGGUCUUUUGAUAAACAAUGUGACUACAUCCCAGACAGCAAUACCUGGAAAAUGUAUAGUGUCAUAGCAACAAACAUCCUGGGUCUUGUGAUUCCGUUCUUGGUGAUGGUCAUUUGCUACUCCAGGAUCAUCCCCACUUUGAUGCACAUAAGGAGUGCAAAGAAGCAUCGUGUCGUCAGGUUGAUCAUCUCUAUAAUGGUAGUCUUCUUCCUAUUUUGGGGCCCGUAUAACAUCAUUCUCUUUUUGGAUUUUCUGCAAUCUGAAGAUGUAGGCAUACUAAAGAUGCCCUGCGACAUGGACAAGAACUUGAAGAUUUCACUAACAGUGACUGAGACCAUCGCCUUCACCCACUGCUGCCUGAACCCGAUCGUAUACGCCUUCGUAGGACAGAAGUUUAUGAAGCGCUCCUUAGAGCUGUUGAGGAAAUGGGCCCCUGGGAUCCUCUUCAGCAGACAUCUGUCAGACAGCUCAUUCAGAAAGAGUUCAGUGUCAUCCAGGUCCUCUGAUUUCACCACAGUCAUGUAGGGGUUGCAGUGUUUCAGACCUUUUUGGUGUUUAAUCCAGGCCAUGUGUUUAUAUUGUAUUAAAGUUUUUAUUUUAGGCCAACUAUAAAUGGUUAUCUUUUAGUUUUAGUUUAUUUCAGACACAAACGUAAUACAAAACAUGAGGAAAAAAUAAUAAUAAAAAACAAAACAAAAAUAAAAAACAGAAUAAUAGAAAAAAGAACAACACAUACAGUCACUUACACAUAUACAUACACACCAGUUUAUAUCUAUAUCUGUGCACCAACCCACUUCCUUACACACACCAUACAAUAUAACAACCCGACAAUCCAAAUAAUAUUCACACCCUUCCUCGAGCCACAUAUAGUGAACAAAACAUUUCUUUGUACAUUUUUUUUUUGAAUGUUGGGACACUGCCUGAGGUCUACCCCUAACCCACACACUGAUAUACACAAACUUUUCCUGGUAGAGUUGUAUUUGAGCUUGAAAACCACAAGAUUUUUUCGUUGGUUGCACAAUGCAGUAGAUCCAAACUUACUCAAAUGAAUGUGUAAGGUGAUUGACGUCUCAUUUUUUUAUCAUUGUAUUUUGUUUGUUUUUAACGCUGUGUGUAAUGCAUUGUUCUGCCUUCGCUUACUUUGACAGGAACCUCAAAUCACAAGCCUCAACUUCUUGUUUGUAACUACCUUAACCACAAUGAUUAAGUCCUUGUGCUCUAAGUGUUUCAAAUAUUUUUCCUCCGUUCUCACUUAAAGUAAAUGAUGAGUCUGCAAUAGACACUGAUCCUAAAUGGAAAAUGUUUGAUCAAAAUUGUUUUUUUGACAAUGCUGUUUUUCCCCUUAUUGACUGGAAAUGUUUUACACUGAAAUAUGUAACGAUGAGUCAAACCUACAAAGGCGAUUCUUACGCAGGAUGUUACAACGCUGUUUUUGAGAUGUGUAAGUUGUGUCAUACGAAAGACAGUUUGGCUGUUGUCAAAGUAAUGUAAGAUUUUUCCCCGACAGUUUAAAGCCCCAUGUUGUAUUUCUGACUUUUUUUCCUUUCAAUACUUUUGCUGUCAGUUUUUGCAUAAAGGUUGCACGUUUUCACAAAUGUAUUUCCAUAUUUGCACUCAGUAGAUUCUUAUAUAAUCAGUAGCUAUUGGUUUUAAUAACCUGAUUUGAUAUGAUUGUAUUUUAUAAAAGUUUAUACAUAUUAGUUGUUGUCUAUGUUAAAAUGUAAUUUGCCAGGGUAGAGUUUUAAAGUUUUAUCUCCUCUCAUUUCUUCUAUAUAAGAGUAGAUUAUUGUAACUAUGUAGUUUUUCACAGAUAUAUAUGUGAUACAGUCAUUUCAAAUAAAA